AUGUCGCUCUUCCUUCGCCCUCCCUCGGCAUCGGACCUGGUGCCGAUCGCCGUCGUCUCGAGCGUCUACGGCCUGGGCGCGCAGCUCUUCAGCAUCUUUGGCUCUUCCGACGGGCUGGGCGCCACGCUCCUCGUCCGGUGCCUCGAUUCGAGCCACCCGCUGCGGCGCGCCACGACGUACGACAUCGGCAUCGAGCCCUUGGACCACCUCUGGUGCAUCGUCACCAACUUUGUCAAGGGAUUCACAGAGACGCCCCUCUCCGCCGCCCUCUUCGUCCUCGCCUACUCGGCCGCGCUCCAGUCCUGGACCUACUUCGGGCUAUACGCCUCCCUCUCGCAGCCUGGUGCGACGAGCCGGUGGUGGAUCAGGGGCAGCGGGCUGACGCUCCUCAUGAUCCUCAGCCAGAUUGUCGGGUUCCAGGGCAUCCUCAUGUCCUUCUGGAUCCCCAUCUACGCCCUCACCCCGGACGUCAAGCCGCCGUCGGCGGGGCAGGGAGUCGUCUUCGAGUCGGGUACGUCAAGGAACGUCAACCUGGUCGCACUCUUCUGCUCAAUCCUGGGCACCAUCAUCUUUCUCUUCAACCCAGAGGGAGGCGCCUACCGCCGCUCGCAGAUCUUCUUCCAGCUCUACGUCCUCGGCUACCCUCUAGCCCUGCUGGUGGGCCGCAUCUCGAAGCCAGCGAAGAAGCCUGCGGGCAAAAGGUCCGCCACCUCGUCUGCCUUCCUCGCCCUCGCCUGGGUCAGCACCCUUUCGUGGUGGCUAGGCCUGGCCGCAUGCCUCUUCCAGCCGGUCGACUUUGCGCCCUCGUCGCAACCAAUCUGGAACCCGGGCCUGACGAGCUACUUCACCACGUCGUCCUACCGCCUCCUCUCGCCCGCCGAUCUGGCCCACUCGAAGCUGAGCGCGGGCGAAAUCUUUUCCAUCCUCGAGGUGGUGAGCAUGUCGUUCGCCUACUACCUCAUCAAGAGGGUCGACCUCAUCAAGAGCGGCCGCACCGAGGUCGACGGACCGAGUUACUGGCGGAAUCUGUUGCUGGGUGGACCGGGCAACGCCUUUGCCAGGUGGAUCGCGUUCCAGACCAGCCUUGAGGGCGAGCGAAAGCAACUGUAG